CUCUCUAUCUCUACUAGCUUAUUAAUUUUUGGGAUCUUAAGUUGAGAUUUGUGAAUGGAACCGUCGUUGCGAGGCACUGCUAGUUUUUCGACCCAGGCUAAUGCUCUUCUGAGGAAGAACCUCACGUUCCAGAAGCGGAACCUGAAGACGAACGUGGGGAUCGUGGCGUUCCCGGUGAUGCUGUGCGUGAUCCUGGUGGUGUUGCAGGGCGUCAUCGACCACGAGCUCGACAAGCCCGAGUACCGCUGCGGCUGCACGUGCCCCAGCGGCGGCGGCGCGUGCGUGUGCGGGCCGCAGCACUCGACGCUCGAUCAGGUCGGGACGUGCGCCAUCCCCAGACCCCCCCGCUGGCCGGCGCUGCUGCGGCCGGAACCGCUCGCUCGCCCAAGGAAGUUCUUGGACAUACUCCUAAACAAUCUUGUUUGGGCAUUGUCCGGAUGGUGUUCUACUUCACAAUUAUUUUUUUUUUUUUUUUUUUUUUGGUUGAAGUACCUUAACAAUAAUUUUUCUUUUCUUUUGUUUUUCUCUAUGUUGACAGGUAUUGCAGGGAGGUUGUUCACACCAAUUCCUUCCUCCAGCCCCAAUUUCUCUGAUUUUCUGAACAUCCUAGCCAAUGUUAUUCCUGGAACGGACACAAUUCCGCAAUUUACGGAGUACAUAGAACCGGCUUUUGUCUCUGAUAGACCACUGUAUCUGAUCCAGCCUCAGUGUCUGCCAAGCUUCAAUCUUUCAGUUUCUGUAGACAUCGACAAUUUCCCAAUUCAGCUAGAUGUCGAGUGUGUUCAAGGUUUAUCGCUAUGGCGUAAUAGUUCGUCAGCGAUAAAUGGUGACUUAUACAAGGGUUAUAGACAAGGAAACACGGCGAGGGAGACAAAUGAAUUUCUCACAGCUUACGACUUCUUGGAUACUAGUGAGAAUGGUUUCAAUGUAAAUAUUUGGUACAACUCAACUUACAAGAAUGACACCGGAUAUGUUAGCAUUGCAUUGCUUCGAGUUCCACGCUCAUUGAAUGCGGCCUCUAGCGCAUUCCUCAAGCUCUUCAAAGGCGAUGGGUUGGCUAUGCAACUUGAGUAUGUGAAAGAGAUGCCCAAGCCCGCAACAAAGAGUAGAUUCGAUUUCUCCUCCCUUCUUGGUGCAUUGUUCUUUACCUGGAUCAUCGAGCUACUUUUUCCAGUUAUAUUGACGUAUUUAGUCUACGAGAAGCAGCAAAAGCUAAAACUUAUGAUGAAAAUGCAUGGACUAAAGGAUGGCCCCUACUGGAUGAUAUCUUAUGCUUACUUUUUCUGCCUCUCAGCUCUGUAUAUGAUAUGUUUUGUAAUUUUUGGAUCUAUAGUAGGGUUAAAGUUCUUCAAAUUGAAUGACUACGGCAUACAGGUUGUAUUCUAUUUCAUUUACAUCAACUUGCAGAUCGCAUUAGCCUUUCUCGCCGCAACUUUCUUCUCUUCUGUAAAGACUGCUACAGUUCUUGGGUAUAUAUACGUAUUUGGGUCAGGCUUGUUAGGAGAAUUUCUUUUGCGUUUCUUCGUCGAAGACACUUCUUUUCCGAGAGGUUGGAUUAUAGUCAUAGAGCUUGUUCCUGGCUUUUCAUUAUGGCGCGGGCUAUAUGAAUUUGCUCAGUAUGCUUUCAUGGGGAACAACAUGGGCACUUCGGGAAUGCGAUGGAAAGAUUUAAGUGAUCCUAUAAACGGUAUGAAGAACGUAAUGAUUGUAAUGACUGUGGAAUGGGUAGUGUUGCUCCCUCUUGCAUACUAUUUGGAUCAAGCCUCUUCAUUAGGAGGUGGAAUGAGGAAAGACCCUCUAUUUUUCUUAAGAUAUUUUCAAAAGAAGCGAUCACUAUCUUGGAGAAGACCUAGUUUGGCAAGCCAAGGAUCGAAAGUCGCUGUUGAUAUGGAGAAACCUGAUGUGGCUCAAGAAAGGGAGGUUGUUGAGCAGCUGCUAGCAGAAUCCGGCCGUACUAGUCAUGCGAUCGUCUGCAAUAACCUCAAAAAAGUUUAUCCAGGAAGGGACGGAAAUCCGGACAAGCUCGCCGUCCGUGGAUUAGCUCUUGCUUUGCCUCAAGGGCAGUGUUUCGGAAUGCUUGGCCCUAAUGGUGCCGGAAAAACUUCUUUCAUCAAUAUGAUGAUUGGGCUUAUUACACCAAGCUCAGGCACAGCAUAUGUCCAAGGAUUAGAUAUACGGACGAGUAUGGAUGAGAUAUACACAAGCAUGGGUGUGUGUCCGCAGCAUGAUUUGCUGUGGGAAACAUUAACCGGAAGGGAGCAUCUUUUGUUCUAUGGCCGACUGAAGAAUCUUAAGGGUGGUGCAUUAAUGCAGGCAGUUGAAGAAUCGUUGAAGAGUGUGAAUCUGUUUCACGGUGGCGUCGGCGACAAGCAAGUUGGCAAAUACAGCGGCGGCAUGAAGAGGAGGCUUAGUGUGGCUAUCUCACUAAUUGGCGAUCCUAAAGUUGUGUACAUGGAUGAGCCAAGCACAGGAUUGGAUCCAGCAUCAAGAAACAACUUAUGGAACGUCGUGAAGCGUGCGAAAAGAGAUCGCGCGAUUAUCCUUACUACGCAUUCAAUGGAGGAGGCAGAGGUUUUAUGCGAUCGGCUUGGUAUCUUCGUGGAUGGAAGCUUCCAAUGCUUAGGAAACCCUACUGAGCUCAAGGCAAGAUACGGCGGGUCCUACGUGUUCACGAUGACUACAUCUUCAGAUGAAGAAGCAGAAGUGGAAAGCUUAGUUCGACGGCUAUCUCCGAGUGCGAAUAAGAUUUACCAUAUAUCAGGGACCCAAAAGUUUGAGCUCUCGAAACAAGAAGUGCGAAUAGCGGAUGUUUUCCGAGCGGUCGAGAGUGCGAAGAGCAAGCUCAAGAUAUAUGCUUGGGGUUUGGCCGAUACGACGUUGGAGGAUGUCUUCAUUAAGGUCGCGAAAGAAGCGCAGUCCUUCAACGUUCUCUCGUGAUCGACAAAAGACGCACCUGGAGAAUAUGUAUAUCAUUCUUUUGUUUUGUUUUGUUUCUUGUUGACAUGAUUUUGCUUGUGGUUUUGUUUGGGGUGAUAUAUGCUAAUAUUAAUAGCCUUGUUGUAAUUACAGCAACCUGUAAUAUGUAACGGUGAAAAUUUUGGAAUCGUGUAUUGUUCUUAUAAUAGUCUCGCUUCAAU